AUGGCCCCGGACCGGAAUCACUGGCGUCUAUGGCAGGACACCUUGACCCGGGCACUCCUGCAGUCGGACGACCCCUCGCACCAUCUCCGCCAACCUUUGGGCCCUUGGUUUGACUCUAUUGACGACUGGAAUUGGCUGCUUUCUCCAACGCAUGGCGUCUUUCAUCGUCAUGGACACGUUUGGAGACACUAUGGUCACCAAUUAGGUUCCUACUCCUCUAGCCGGCGGUUCCACAUGAAGCCGGCAUCUCACAGGACGUCUGGGAUUAAAAGACCAAUGGCGGCCCUUGAAGUCGCCGAAGCCCUCUCGCCGUCGGUUCCUUUUUGGACCAAGCCACUCCCAGAUGAUGUAUGCCGAGUGACAACUCAGCCACUGCAUGGGUUAGAGGAGAUUGUGAUCUCGGGGGUGGGCCUGGAGCACCAGCCUCCGCGCCCAGUUCCCCAACCGUCCUUAUUCGCUGCAUGGGAAGCAGCAUCAGCAGAAGUUGACGAGUACUUUGGAUGGACCCCCGAGGAACUUGAGAUUGUGGGUGAUGAAGGACGGCUGGUGGAGGCCUUACUGUCUGGCCACCUCUGCGUGAUAAGCGACGGAUCCUACAAGCGAGACCUGGGAACGGUGGCUGUACAACUACUCCCAAGAAAAGGGGAGACGGAUCGCAUCAUUGUUCGGUGUCAGACUCCCGGAUUGCCCCAGGACCAAAGCGCCUAUCGGAGUGAACUGAUCGGCCUGCUUGCAGGCAUCAUGGUUGUUGACUGGUUGCUCCACCAGUGGGCGCCUACGCUCCAAUCUAAACCCCGCGUAAGGAUCGCGUGCGAUGGGUUUUCCGCUCUUCUCAAUACCUUUAGCAAUAAUCGAGUUACCCCCCAACAGGCGCAGUUUGACCUGGUCUCUUCCCUCCGCGAGGCCCUUGCGCGCUCCAAAGCAUCAUGGGAGCCUAGUCACGUGUAUGGUCACCUUGACCAUGCUACGUCCUUUUCGUCCCUGUCUUGGUGGUCCAAAAGGAAUGUUGAAGUGGAUAAUUGGGCAGUGGCAUACCGCCAUCAGUUGGAGGCUUCUGACCAACUGAUUGCACCCAAUGCUCGCUUCUUUACUGAGUUGGCCGCUCUCUAUAUCGGCGACGUUAAGCAGUCUCGAUUGGACCCAGACUACAUCCAAGAGCUGGUGGCGCUCCCCGCCCUACGCAAGAGGUGGCGCGAGAAACUCACGGUCACCCCAGAGGCGGAGUCGGAAACCGACUGGACCAGUCUGGCCCGGGCCAUGCGAUCUCUCCCUGUGGGCGUCCAACGCUGGACCACAAAGCACGUGGUGGGUAUGUGCGGUGUCGGCAAGUUUAAGGUACGAUGGGGUUAUGACACAUCUGCUGCAUGCCCAUGCUGUGGCGAGUUCGAAGAUCACCUACACGUACCUCGAUGUAUGGCUCCAUCCACCAGCGCUGAAUGGGAUCGCCGGACAGUGGCCCUGGAUUUAUGGCUGGACACCCAAGUGACAGAUCCGGCCAUCAAACAUGCCCUCCUCUCCCUCCUUAAAGGGGUUCGCGAUCCAUCCCUACCGUCCAUCCGAGUGGUACCAGGUCGACUGCGCAGCGCCUUCCGAUCCCAGCAAUGCAUUGGCUACCAAGGGCUGUUGGAAGGAAGAUUGUCCCGCCAAUGGGCCCCGUUGCAGGAGGAAUAUCUGCAGUCGCGCGGGAGCCAACGCUCUCCGACCUUAUGGGCCUCACGCCUCUCGCAUCAGUUGAUUUUGCUGGGCUUCCAGUUGUGA